CCGUAGUGUGGUAGCGUGUAUUUAAUUUCGUAAAAUAGUUGGAAAUUUAUGAUUUUUUUAUGUGUGCACGUGUGUGUUAAUAGUAAACCAGUGAAAGUUUAUAAAAGUUGCAGGUAUGAAAUAAGUGUAAAAUUCGUGUUACGGCGCAAGGUGCCCGAAGGAUAAAAUUUGACGGAUUAGUUUAAUUACAAUUGCACUUUAUGGAUAAACAUGGCUUCGAGAACAGAAGAGUUGAACAUGUGGAGUGACAGUAUAAGCUCUGAAGAACGUCACCGCCAUGAACUGCUGUUCUACAGUCAAGGGCCAGUGGACGGGUAUCUGCUAGGUGAGAGGGCCAGGGACCUGUUCCUUCAUUCCAGACUCCCAUUGACGGUGCUCAGCCAAAUAUGGAACCUGUGCGACGUCAGCAACGACAACGUGCUGAGUGUGGAUGAGUUUGUACUGGCGAUGUACCUCAUACGCAAGGUGAGCGAGGGUCUGGCAGUUCCAAGAAUCCUGCCCAAACAUCUAGUCCCUUCCCCAUUGGCUACAUGCGAUGUACCGGACAUGUCGCCGCGGGAACGUUCAGCAUACCAGAGUGUGUUCAGUAAAAUAUCAAAAGAUACCAUCAACGCAUUACAAGGGAGGCAACUCUUGUUGGAGUCUCAGCUACCACAGGAAGAGUUGUCUCAUGUUUGGGACUUGUCGGACGUGAAUCGGGACGGGCAGCUGGAUAGAGUCGAGUGGAAUGUAACCUGCCAUCUUAUUCGCUACCUCAAAAAAGGUCACAAAUUGGAAGGCCCUGUAAAUGUGUUUCCAUGGAUACCAGAUCGUCUGUCAUCUACCUCAUACCUAGCUAGGAAACUAAGAGUUGAAGAAUAUUUCAAAAGAAAAACUCAACUUAUUGCACAGAAGGAAAAAAGAAAGAUUCAAAUUGACAAUGAAAUCCAAAGAUUAGACCUGCUGAAGAAAAGACUUGCAUUACAUAAAGAACUGUUCCAGUGUUCAAAGAAAUUGCCAGGUCACUCGAUUUCUGAAGAGGAAUUCAAUCUUUAUCAAGAAAAGGAGAAGAACAACAUAGACAAAGUUGAGGCAAUCAUUUACAGACUAAAGAAGGAACACGAGCGUAUCCGCCAGGAGACAGUGCGCGCUAUCUUGAGUGAGCAGGGUCCUCUACAGGAGGAUGGUCACCAUGUGAAACGGGACCAGGAGGAGCUGCGACAGAGGCUGAUGACGUUUCACACGAAGGCCACCAAAGAUCCUGACCCCUUUCAUCAGCUGUAUGAGUUACGCAGAGAUCUUAGAAAACGCAGUACGCUGUCUGAAGACGAGGAACCAGCAGUGCAUUUCCCAUUUGUGUUCAACCCAUUUCGACCUGAGGGUGCACAACCCUGUCUCUCUGGUCAUACCAUAUUUGUCUCCCCUGAUCCCAGCGUCCUGAACAACAACAACUCCCACAAGGAACUGCCCAUUUUAGAGGAUCUGUGCCAUUUCGGAGACGGUUUCCUGGAGCGCUGGUCGUCCCCUGAUGACGAUACCUCGGGCAUUGACUUCGACCCAAUAUUUAUGUCUCUAAACGUCCCCAUGGAUAACAAUGCGUGGUCUGGACUAGAGUGGGUGAAGAAAGAUGACCUUGACCCAGAUAUAGAGGUCAUACACAAGAAACUGGUUGACCUUAAAGCUGAGAUGCAAAAGUUGAAUGGAGAAACCGGAGGCCAGCUACUGUUUAGGAACCCCGAAGAUUACCUAGCAAAGCAGAAGGCAGAGGCUGAGGGGGAUAGAGUGGACAAAAGCAAGUACCAGAGACGUUCUAAAGGUGAGACAAGGACAGAUCCUGAACGUGAAUACAGAAGACGAAGUCUUGAUCCAUCAAAAUUAGAUGCUGAAAGUAACAGGGAUGCUCAAAAUAAGCGUACCUCUUUGAAUUUAGACCCAACAAGUAGAGCCAGUGGAAUCCCUGUGGCUCCAGCAAGAGAAGGUCGCAGGCGGCCUAAGUCCACAGGUGGAAAUCUGGAAGUUUCUACUGAGACAUCUGAUGCUUUUGUUCCUGAGAGUGCCUCAUCACCAGUCCAUUGUCCGGUUUCACCACCCUCACUUCCGUCGACCAAGCGACGGUUUGCCCCUGCACCACCACAGGGCCCAAAUAACCCAUCUGCUUCAACAACGAUAGUACCAUCCGCUGGUUCUAAAAUACCCACGCUGGUUAAGCAGCCAAUAAUAAAUGAGAAUCUCGACAAAGACAGUCACAGGGGAAAAAAAGUUGUUGGUGCAUUAGGUGAAGGUAAAUUGAGUGAAUUUUCCAAAAGCGAACCGCAUAGACCCCCCAGACGAAAGAGCAAGAGGGAUCAAGUGGAAGACAGUGAAAGUGUAGUUGUGGACAGAGUCUUGGAGACGGGUAAUGAGAAACCUGCUAGACCAAUUAAGGACUCAACAGCUUUGCUUCUUCAUGAAGUAAUGAAAGAAUUGCCAAAUUUAAAACUUGAACAGCCUGUGGAAGAAUCAAAAUUAGAAAUUUCCUCUGUAAGUAAAGCAGAGUCAGUACCUUGCAAAGCUAACAGAAACAAAGACACAAUAAAUCAUGGAUUAGAAUUAGAGAGUGAAAUAAAGCCAGUUAUUGUUGGGAAACCAAACAUUUCAGAGUUGACAUUAUCUAGUGGAAUAAUAUUGAAAGAAAAACUGCCUGACGUGUAUGUAGCAAACAAAUCUGAUAGCGAAGAUGAUGAAGUGGUUAUUGUAACAAAUCAAAAGAAACCAAUUGAUAAGGCCAGUGAACCUGAUGAGAUUGGAUGCAUAGAUGAAAUAAUUCCUGAACACCUUGGUAAAGGAGAUUUUCAUCAAGCAUUUGAUAAAAUACUUGAAUUCCCCAAGCACACCAAACAGAAAGACAAAGACACAAUAUCAAUAUCCUCUGAUAUAUCAUCCACAGGUUCUGAGGCGCCACCCCUCCCAGACACAGCACCACCCCCUCUUCUUUUAUUUGCCCCUUCUUUGACCCCCUUGAAACAGGUCAAGGACCCUGUUACAGAGAAAAUGACCUCUGAACUAGAGGUCAUGGACACGAUGGAUGCAGAAGAUAUCCAAAAUCAUGAGUCGGAGCGGCACAAUUUGAUUCCAGAACUUUCUGAGAAAGCUAGUCCAAGAGAGCUGACAAGCCCGAUUGACGAGCUCAAAGCAUCGAUGUUCAGUAUGCGUGUGACAUCGCCAAGGUCUGACGCGGUUAAUGGGACUAGGAAUGAAGUCUGUACGAAUGGCGAGUUGAGAAUCCAUACAGGAGAGUCGUCCAGUGAGUCUGAUUCAGACAUGUCAGACAUAGAUGAUGAGACCGUCACCGGGACAUUCUCUCCAGGAGAAAAUGAGACAAAUGAUGUGCCAACAGAGACCAAUGAAAAUGAUGGAGGUAUCCAACUGAUAUCCUAUAUCGAGAGACUCGGGAGCCCGAAUAGCGACAGGUCAGGUCCAGAUUCUGCGUUUGAGGACAUGCAAUCGAGUGUAACGUCUAAUGACCCACUGAGCAAUACGUUAGACGAAUUCAUCGUUAACGAAGAGAGAGUUUCCGCCGAGAAGGUCGUCAAUAAAGAGAGCACCCCUGAACAGAGUAAGGAAAUGGCGAAUAAGUUUGUUCUUGAAUUUGAGGACACUGCACGAAAGAGGGGAGGUAAUGUGACGAGCCCCGUGGGGAGUAAGGACUUCCUGCUCAAGGCACAGAUGUUCGCUGAUGUGGUUCAGAAGCCACCCAAGAUGACGGUGAAGCGAAAGAAGGAGAUAGCGACUCCGGAGGAACUCUCGGACGAGCGGUACAUACAGCUAGAGAAUGAGAGAAGGGCCGUGAUAAGCUCCAGCACCAUGAAGAAGAAAGACCUCCUCUCCCCCUCUGAAGAAACUCCAGUGGAGGCCCCUUCAACCCCUGACCCAGAUUCCUCCAUCCAAGAAUGGCGAAGUGAAGUGACCAAGCGCUUGAGUGUGUCUUGGGAAGAGAAACCAGAAAAGGUGAAUCUUUACAGCGAAAACAUCAUCCAGGAAACAGAAAACACUGACACUGUUGACAGAGAGAGCAUUUCGGACCUGAAUUCGAUUCGGCAACAGUGGGAGGAAAAAUUCAAAACCGAGCAAACUCAGGAAAAAACUGUGCCGAAACCCAAGCCACCUCAGCAAGUGAGGCACUGGGAGGUUAAAUUACCAACGCCACUGAAAAAAGUACCAGCGGACGUCGUCAGAACCACAAAGUCUGACUCAGAAUCGGAACCAGAAACAGAAACCAUGGCAGAUACAGAACUUUCUGCAGAGAGUGCGAUCGAGCGGGAAAUUCGCCUGGCAACAGAGCGAGAGGAAUUACUGAGGAAGGAGCAGGAAGAACGCGCUAAGCUGCAGGCCAGACAGAUGGCUGCUGCGAAGAAGGAGCCAUUUGAGGCAACUGCUGUCGAGCAGAACAACAACAAGCCGACGUUCCAUGAGAUGACGGAGGCAGACCGGGGCUCGGAGCUUCGACAGCGUGAAGAUCGCAUACAGCAGGAGAUGCUCGAGCAGCAAGAACGCGAGGCUGCUAUGCGUGGUCAACACGAGGACUCAAGUUCGUCCUCCAGCGAGGAUGAUGACAACAACGAGAGCAUCAUAGAGCGGGAAAUACGUCUGCAGCGUGAACGCGAACUGGAACUCGAGCUGCGGCACAAGAAACACAACGCAAGACAAGCACAGGAUGAGGAGGAAGAGGUUGUAGAAGAGACAGUUGAGACAAGCCAUCUUGAGCCUGCGCACCUUGCACCUACAACCAUCAGAACACCUGACGAAGAACUGAGCGAGACCAACGAAGUGAUGUCGGACUUACCUCAGACUCGCACGAGAAUCACGUACGAGGAGGCGAUUUCUUCGGCCGCUCAUGAGGGCGAGAGUCUCAUCGCGAGAGAGUUGCGCGAAGCUCGUGAACGCGAAGAGGAACUGCAUAAACAGCGUGAGCGUCUGGCGACUGGUGCCACCCAGGGUCCGAAAAGUGCCGAUAUGUCACCAAGACCUCGCGAAAAUGAGACAAAGUCCGAAAAUCAGAAACCGUCAUAUUCCAAGGAUGUUUCGCCAUUUAAAAAUGGCCGCAGCCAGUCAACAGAUUCUUUGUCGUCUGGAAAUAGUUCUGAGAAACCUCAGCCCGUUACCCCGAGGAUAACCAGCUUCUCUAGUGGGGGUAAGAUCGGAGGUUUGAAUUAUACCGUGCCAGAAAAGCCAAAAGACGCGAAACGCCAGGAGACGCCUAUUGAGCGGGAGAUCAGGCUUGCAAGGGAGAGGGAAAAUGAAUACAGAGUGUCAAAAGGGCUUCCACCGUUAGAGGAUGUGAAAAAGGUUGAUAAUUAUGAACUUGAUGACGAUGAAAAGGAUAUGAUCGUUGUGAGGUCAUCAAAUCAGUCCACACGAGCGGGUGGCAAGGACAAUAUACAAAGGUUUGCAUCGACCAGGCUGCAGAAAGAGAUUGACAAGCAAACAGAAAUUGAGAAGAAGUAUCUGAAUGAAGGAAAGAUAAAAUCAACGUCUGAAGAACACGUUGGACUAGUGAAAUAUUCUGAAAUAGCUCAAGAUUAUUCAACAACGCCGAAACGAAAUUUUAGUAUUAACAAAAAAGGUGGAUCUGGUAGUGAGCCAGUUACGGAACAGAACGGCACGACACCAGACCACAAGACGGCUCCUAAAAAUUCUUCCCCUGUUCAAAAUGUGCCAAAAUACAACCGCAGUGCGUCAUCGGGAGUGACCUUCAGCUAUCGGGAGUCGCGACACAAGGCAGAGUCAAAUAUAGAGAAGGAGCUGCGAGAAAUGAGAGAAAGGGAGGAGGAACUAAGAAGUCAGAGAGCAGUCGGCGGAGUGGUCUCCCCUAGCAGUCCUCGCAGUCCAGCAACAAGUGUGGUUGAUAAGCGGUCAGCGUUUGAGCAGACGUCAUAACUAUAACAACCAUAUCUGAACUUGUUACCAUGGCAACUGUGUCAACUGAAACAAAAUCUCUUGCAUGCGGGUUACAUUCCGCUCACCUCUGUAGUUGGCUUGCACAGCAGUCAAUCUUCCACAAGUGGCUUCGUUUCAUGAUAAAAAGAUUUAUAAUCUAUGGAAAAUGCAUUCCAAAUUUAUGGCAAUCAUUUGUUCAAGUCAUUCACUUUAAACCCAUUAUGAUUAUUUUCUGCGCUGAUUGUGAUAUAAGAAAACUUCAGCAUCCCCACAAUACAUUUUUUUCCAUUGCAACAAAAUCUUUUAUAUUUAGCCCAUAUCAGAGGUGUAUAUGAAGAGACCCAAGACGUACAUGUCAUGCAAGAAGAUUGCUGAAAACAAUGACUGUGUUCAAACAUUGCCUCUUGUCUCCCCAUUGAUGAGUUGUCUUUGCACCUAUCAGUAUCUUCCCACAUGGUGGAUGCAGUGGGUAAACUGUCUUAUUUGGAACUCACUGAAAACUGGUUUUCAGGUAUUUUGCAUGAAACACAAAUAAAAAUGAACAAAAUCUGCAGGUUAUGUUUUUUCCUGAUAACUUAAGGCACCAAAAAAGAUGUGUAAAGAUUCAAAUAUUCAUGUGAUGCCAGUGGUUACAAAUAAAAAGUUGUUUGUAACCUCAGAUCGAGUAAGAGUUCUGAAUAACGUCUAUUAAGGGGACUACAAAAAGCAAUGCUUGACAGAUUUAAAUUUGAUAUUGCAAACAAUACUGUGUCCGAUAGUAAUUGAUAGGUCAAAUUUUAAAUCCUGUUUCUAUAGGCUCCUCAGACCAUCCUAUUAGACAUAUAGAUGGUUUUCUAUGUUACAACCGUAAAUGAUUUAAAUAAUUAAGGAAGAUACAUCAGGCUGGUUUACUUUCAACACUCAAAAUAUUUUUUUUAUUUGAACUGUACAUUCCUUAAAAAAAAUUGACAUGAUAUUUCUUAAAUUUGUAAAAUCAGGCAUGUUCGUUGAAUCUUAGAUUUGUGGAUUGUUUUUGGGUUGGGAAUUAGACCUUAAAUGAUGAAAUAUGUCAAAUAGAAUUAGGUCUGCCAGCUGUUUCCUCCAUGUAGGGAAAUAUUGCUUGGUGCAGUCGCAGAUACAAAUGUGCCUUUUGUUAUUCUUUUGUUUUUGUUUUAUAAAAAUGUAAGCCUGUUUAUCUUGAUAUGCUUGUAUUUUAAUGUUUGUUAUUUUCGUUAUAAACAGAUAUUAUGUUCUGUUUAUUUAUUUUCUAAGCCAGGAACAGAUUUUAUUCAAAACAUGAAUAAACUGUUUUUGUUUGUAUCUGUAUCUCUUGUACACUAAUUCGUACAUUACAUAAUGUUGUUUUACAGAACAUUAUCCUAUUUUUUUAACAAACACAUUAUAGUGUGUGUUUAUCUGUGUUGCAUAGUUAAUAUAUGUGUUAGUUACUCAUUUAUGUGUAUACUUGACUUCUAGCUAGACAUAAGAAAUUUUAGUCUCAUAGAAUCACAUUGUGUGUUGAAAAAUUGUGUUUUUAUAUAAGACUUUUACAUUCCAGUGUUGUAAAUUGAUGUUUUAUUUGUAUUACUACGAGUGUUAACAAAAUAAUGCACAUAUAAUAAUGUCAGAUUUUAUAUUGGUUUCCUAAGAACAAUUGAUUUUAUACCUUCAUGUCAGUGUUGUUGUACUUAUGUUGGAAAUUAAAAGAUCAUAUGGAAGAUCAAAGAUCUGAGAUAUGUACAGUUCUAAAUGCUUCACCUCAUAGCAUAUUUUAUUUUUGUUUUUACACAAAUUAUUUUUCCAUUUUUUUUAUUAAAAACAAAAGUCUGUGAAAUUUCAAAAAUCUUAAUUAUUUAUUUUUCUCUACAAGUCAAAAUUACUGUUUAAAUAAGUGAAUUGGUAACAAUGAUAUGUUGAUUUUCUUUGGAAUUCAUAAAGCGUUGUUUCAUCAUGGAAACAGAUUUUAUACAAUUCAACAUUUUCUAUGUCUGAUGCCUAUUUUUGAAAUUUUAUGUUAUUAUUCAUGCACCAGGGCAUAUGCAUUCAAUGUUUAAAUAUGCAGACAUUGAAUUGUGCUUUCCCUUGGAAAAUUCACGAAAACCUUGUCAAUCUAUGGUGUCAUACUGUACUCUAAAAUUUAAAUAAAAAAAAUUGUGUGAUGCUUUGAUUGGGAUACAAAAUGGGUCAGUUAUUUCGGUUGUGGAUUAUGACCAUAAUAUUUUUUUACAUUUUUUUUUACCAAAACUUGCCUUUCACGUUCGACUGAAAUCAUGUUUAUACAAUUAGCCAAGUUGACGAUUGGUUUGCCAGUGUUUUUCAUGUAGAUCAUAAUGAUAUUAUUAGGUAUACAUUAUUAACAGGUGCUUGAUCUAGUUUAUGAUGUAGUUUGAGAGAAAGCAAUACAUAUAUUGGUACUUAGUAACUUAACUGCUUUGUUUGUAACAUAUGAUCUAUUGCAAAAUGUGUUUAGGUGAUUUGGUUUUUGAAACAUCUUGUUAUUGUGCCUUUAAUUACUCAAAACAAAUGUUAACCUUCAUUUCAGGGAAUUAACUACUAUGAAAAAUACAAUUUUAGAACCACGGUGCCUAAAAUAUGUUUUUGAACUGAUGUUAUAAAAAGUUCAUAUUGUUAUAUGGAUUUCUGUUACCAUUUAAUGACAUUUUUGGUGUUUUAGAUUCCAAAAGUAUAAGCAUGUUGUAUAUGUGUGACAGUGUCCAUACUUGAGAACACAGGGAUUUCUUUAUCCCAAUGUCAUAUUGAGACAAAAAGUUUUUAUUUCACCCUUUAAGAUGUAUAUUGAUCAUUUGCUGUUAAAUGAACAGCAUGGUGUUAAAAUGCUAAUAUUAUAAUUUUAAUUUUUGCUUGUUAUUUCAUAAUGAGAUGUGUUUCCAUAAACAUGUGAUUCUAUAAACCAGUACUGGGGUGUGAACAUGUAUAUAACACUGCUAUAAUUCUGCAAUAUAUAAUCAGAUUCGUUUGAAUGUUAAUAUAAUUAUUAACUUUGUAUAGACCUUUGUAUGUUGCAUUACAUUAAGAACAUGUUAUAUAUUAAUAAAGUAUACAGAAAAUGUCA